AGACAUCCAUCUAUUAUUUAAAAUUCAAGAUCAUCAUCACUAAUAGCAUGCAUUAUCAUCAUAUAUUCUACACAUAUGCCCUCAAACUCCCAAGAGCCAUAUAUAUAGUCUAUAGAUUCUCUCUCUCUCUCUCCCUCUCUCUCUCUCUCCCUCUCUCUCUCUCUCAUGAUAUUAUUACCAAGAUGAGCUUUUGACUCUUGCAAACAUAAACUGAUCAAUCACAUGGCAACCACAGGAGGAAUCAAACUUUGCAGUGUGAUUGCCAAAUACUUCAUCUCAAAGAUUUGUAUGGUUUUAUAGUUUGCAGCAAUCAGCAAAUCAAGAUGGAUUUUUUCGAGAACUUUGAUGGGGUUCAAGGUGGGAACUACUUAGGGUUCCAAGGGGUUGUACCAUCUUCAUCGUUGAUUCUGAAUAAUGAGAGAGGAGAGCUGAUGAUGAAUCCAUCAAGGCAAAAGAUGGGUGAUGCAGACAAGGCUUUGAUUGCUCUGAGGAAUCACAGCAAUGCCGAAAGGCGAAGAAGGGAAAGAAUCAACGCCCACUUGGCUACUCUUAGAACCCUAACUCCUGGAACCACCAAGAUGGACAAAGCUGGUCUACUAAGUGAAGUUAUCAAUCAAGUGAAGUCACUAAGGGAGAAUGUGGCGGAAGCUACUAAAGGGACGGUGGUGCCGAGCGAUAUCGAUGAAGUGAGAGUGGAAGAAGAGGAGGAUCCAAACGACGCCGCUUCCACUUCCAUCCGAGCUUCUCUCUGUUGCGAUUUCAAGCACGAGCUUCUCUCCGAUUUGAGAGAAGCCGUGGACGCUCUCCCCCACAAUGACGUGAGGGCCGAGAUUUCUACCUUGGGAACUAGGAUGGUCAGUGUUUUCGUGAUCACGGGGCUGAAAAGUCAGGUCCAGCCCCUUGUCGAUUCGAUUCGUCAGACUUUCCGUUCUAUCCUCGAUAAGUUCUAUGCAUCGGAGGAGUUCUCCUCGAGGAGUAGCUCGAGCAAGAGGCGAAGAGUGUCGUCGUUAUUCGCCUCUUCGGGCUCGUCCUCGGGUUUGUUUUGAUGAAAAUUAAAUGGUGGCAUAUGGCUUGGCAUACAUACAUAUUUUCCUAGCUAGUUUAAAUAUGAAUUGUUGUAUAAAGGGUGUGCAUGCCUUGUCAUAUGCCUUCCUCAUCCAUCUCUUUCUUUCUGCUUUUUACAUUUGAAAUAAUGUAACACAUUUAAUCAGAGUGUAUGCAAAUUAAUGUUGGGGCACUCAUUUAAUGUUUUAUUUUUAUUUUUCCUUUAUUGGCGCAAUGAGAUCAUUGUGAACAGAAAUAUUUGAUUUCGUGAAUUCUCUAUGGUCUAGGCUGGAGUUAUGAGAAUCAGCAUUUGUAUUGUAUCGAAUAUUUUGUCAAUUAAAAUUUCUCCAAUGCGAUACAUAAAUUUCAUAUUUUCAAA